CUUGUACCAACCCAAGAGUCAAACAGUUCUGCAUUAAUUAUAGAUAGCUGAAGAAGAUCUGAGAGAAAAAAACAUAGAGAAGAAGAAAUGGAGAAUGCGGAGGCGGAAGGGGGGAAAGAAAUGAACUAUCCAUGCAAGUGGUUGGAAGAGAUGAUUAGGGGCAUGCUUAAGUGCCUGGGUCUUCACACAGCAGAUUAUCACCCAUCUCCAUCAUCACCUUCUUCUUCUUCCUCUUCGAGUUCAGCUGAUGAAAAGGACGGCGCAGAUGAUCCCCUACACCCUCCCACAGAUGAUCCGCCAACAUCAACAAAUGACCCACCAAAAUCUCUUUUAUUACUGGGUAGUGGACCUCCAAGGAAGGGAGUAGGCAGAGGUGGAAAUCCUCAGACAAACGAUGCCUCCUCUUAAUGACUUUACUAAUUAGCCCAAUCCCAUCUAGGGUUGCAUAUUACUAGUAUAUUGCUACUACUUAUACUUUAAUUUUGCUCAAAUGUUGUUAUUGCUUGGUUAGUUGUCAGAAGAGAUCAUCUAUUCCAGUUUUUGUGUUUCACCAAAUCACCUCGCUUCCGACCAUCUUUGAUGGCAUCAUUAAUAGA